AACGCCGCUCGCACGCGCGUGUCUCCUGUGUCUCGGCUGCUGCGCGUGAAAUUUCACUCGUUAACAAGUUUGCUGCGCGCGCGGAUCUAUCAGAGAGCUGGAGGGUGGGAGCGCGCGCUCACUGCACACUGCUCACCGAACACACCGCACUCACUCGGCCAACAGCGGCACAGCGGCCACACACAGCGGCGCACACGGGGACCCUCAGCACCACUGAAGAAACAGGACAUUAUGACGGAGGUGAUGAACACCUGUGAGACGGCGGUUGGAGACUAUGGAGCAUCUGGAGACCAGAACAUCGGUUUUCAGGUUUUUCCAGAUUCUCAUGAGCGGUACCCUAAGCUGUCCAAGCGUUUGCCAUCCAUCGUGGUAGAGCCCACUGAAAGUGGAGACGUGGAGAGUGGGGAAUUGCGAUGGCCUCCAGAUGACCUGAGCCCUACAGAUGAAACCAGAGACACCCAGGCCAAGAAAGCAGGUGAAGAGGCAACGGCAGAGGUUGAGGAGGCUGGCAGAGUGACAGCAAACUGAAGGGCAGUAGCUGGCACCAAUCCAACCUAAUACUGUGAAUGUCUUCAUGAUGGACAAGUGUGAGCUGGAGGCUCCUACAGUUAGGUCUGACUGCAGUAUCACCUGCACUAGAGCCAUCCACCUGUUGACAGACCUCCAAUCCAGUAGGGGGAGCUGAAGCCUGAGAGACUGUCUUUGCUGAAAUAACACGUGCCAAACUCUAGUGGUAGCCAGCUACUGUGACUGAGUUGUAAAUUCUUUUUUCCAUACCAUUAUGAUUCAUCUAUAAUAUUAGCAUUAGAUUUUAUUUGUGGCUGGUUUAAAUGAUGUAUUGACUUUGAGGUAGCCUACAUAUUUAUUUGCUUCGGACCAAAGUCUUCAAUAUAUGACCCUGUUGACCCACCACUCCCAUUAGUUGAACAGCUUAUGAUUUGAUGUGUAACACAGAAAUUUAAUAUAUGUCAAGAGGAAUUUCAAUCAAAGUAGAGACGUAGUUCAUCAGCAAUAGCGCUUCUUUGCAAAAGUAGAUUACUAUGAAUAUGUACAAUAGAUUAUAUUUUACAGCUUUCUUAUAUUAUGUUUAAUGUAAAGCUCCUAUAAGAUAGUAUAAGAUAUUAUAUUCCCUAAUCAUAUUUUUCAUUUGUUCCCUAGACACAUUUGCACAUAUUGCUUGCCAUUUACUUUGUGUUUUUUAUCUAACAUUAUUUCUUCUACUGCUUUUGUGUUUCAAGUCAUAACUGUGUACAGUCACAGAGAUUGUUUACUGGAUGUUUACCAUAUGAAUUAUAAUUAUAUAUUCUUUUACAAACAUCAAAAUAAUUCUAAUUAAACAUCUUCCGUGGUCAUGUUAGCCAGUUUUGAAGACAAAAAGCUGGAAAAACAGAAAAAAAACAAUCUCUGGAUUGUACCAGUUCAAUAACCUAUCCACGCAGUAUGCCACGAAUGUCCUGUUUAUGUAAAAUCUGUUACAAAUACGAAGCACCUUGCCCUAGAUGUUUGGAAUAUGAUAGCACUGUUGAUCACUUUCUACUGAGGUGCUUACUAGCUUGGUUUGACAACAUAUUAAAGGCACAUAUGCUAUAACAUGUCAGUGCCUUUCUGUGGACAGAUGUCAGGUGUUAGCUGAAGGGAGUCUCUGACGAAGAUGUGUUGACACAAGCAGUGAAUUAGGUUGCUUUUACCCCACAGCAGAUGUCAUGCUCUUUGCGGACAAAGUCUGCCAGCUCUUCCACUCACUGCCAAAAUGGUUACCCUCACAAACGCGAUGCUGGCUGAAUCCUAGAUCAUUUCCAACCAGAGUGUACUAUUUACCAAAUUCCUAAACAGUGAGCCAAUUGUAGAAAAAUGGGUUAUUUCCGAUUUAGCUAUUUUAGGGUCUGCUUUCUAGGCACUGAAAUUAGACCUGAAAAGUUUAAAGAGAAUUCUAAACACAGAAUUCAAAGCACUAAUUCUUCAAAGUGGAGCCUGAAAUAUUUGACCAAACCUAAAGAAUGUAGUCAUGUCCUGAUUCAGAUAUCUUUUUUUUUUUUUUUCAAAACUUUUUUUGGGUUUGUUCAUAGUGGACAUCCAUGUUUCUCAUAGCCUCCCUUUGUGGUCUCCCUUCAAUACAUUUUGUCCUGCAUUUACUGCUGCUUUUCUUGCUACUUUACUCUUCCUCCCUAAAUUUAGUCUCUUCAAUUUUAAACCUGGCAUGCUGGAGUCACUCAUGGUUUUGACCGUGCAUGGUUUUGACAAAGCCCUCCGGUUCUCAUAAAAAUCUGCAAUUUGGUGACAUCAGUGACAUUCGUAUGUAGACAGUAAGAGACCUCAGGGUGCUAGGUUCAAGAAUGUACUUGACUCAGCAAAAUUAUUUGAAUGCCAAAAUAAGAAAUGGGAUACUAUAUGGUGUUCACUGUAUGUCAAUGUUUAUAUGCACACCAGUAGUUUAAUAAUAGUCUAACAAACCCUGCUUUGGUACAAUCAUGUAUUUGAAUCAUCAUGGUCCAACUAAUAUCUUAGUCACGCUAAGCUUAAAACCUGUGGUCCAGGCUCAUAUUGGCUAGACUAUAAGAGGUAGAUUUGGACAUGUACAUGCUUAGAUCACUCAAUUGCUUUUGCUCAGAGACGCACUGAUUUUUCAAAAUUUCUGUAUUCAGUCCUUGAACUGUGAACAAAGUCAUGUAGUAGUGUGAUGUGAAAUGACACAUUGUAGAGAAACUUACUGGCUCAGGUUUCUUCACAGUAGUGGUGAUAGAAAACAUGAUUGAAAAUUGACCAUUUUAUUUACAAAUAGACUACUGAAAUGUGCUUUCUUAGUUUAAUAUGUAUUGUUGUUGAAGGUACAAUAGCGGUAAAUCUGUUUUCGCUUACAAUGUCCUACAUGUACCUCUCCACCACAAAUGUAUUUAAAGUUGCUCUCAAAACCUAAUUUCACAAUCAGGUUUUGAGAGCAAUAUUUUAUAAUAUUUUAGGCAUCUAGUAUAAACAUUUCAAGUAAUUGUUUUUCUUGAGAAAGCAUUAAACACUUUCAAUGUCUGGUUCCUAUCACUAUCCAUGUAAAAAAAAACAAACAAAAAAAACAGUAGUGAACAUA